UGUCGGUGCAUAGCAAGGAUGGGUGUCGUGGCGGCGUCGUACAGGAAUUGCUGGAUCGUCAUGUUGGAGCACUUGUUUUACGGUCUCAUCAAGAACCAAAAUUAAACUACAAGCAUAAAUGAGAGGUCUAUUAUGGCCUGAAGAAUCUUCGGGAAGAAACAUGAGUACAGUGUUUACAUGAGUGCGUGAGGGGGAAAUCCUGGUAGUGCCUCGCCCUGCACGGCUGCGCGGUGUCACAGCGGGUCCUGCUGUGCCUGGCUGGCUCCACACCCACUGAUUGGUGUGGCGGUGGCAGUGUUUGGACCUGGCAGUGCUGAACUGGACCGCUGCGUGUGGGUGGAGGAGGCUCGGUCAGCACCGUGCUGGUUGUGCUAUCAUUGCUUUUUUCCCACACUGCAUUUUCGCACCACAAUGGAAUUGUCAGUCAUUACGUUUGGCGUCCUACUUUUCUUUGCACAAACUAUUAAGCCGCCCACCGGCACGCCUGUGGGAGUUAUGAGCUGGCCUGGUGAUGCUUCGACGUAUCCCUGCCCUCAGCCACAACAGUUGUGAAGCAAAAGUGGUUUGCAGAUUUUGUGGGCCUACUGUGGCCUGCUGGGCGGUGCUCUGCUCGGCCAAGGCAGUGUCAUACGAUAUACAUUCAUACACGUAAGAGAAGAUAUUCCUGCACACCUUCAUAAGCCAAGAUGCCUGGCCAGUGUCCUCGCUGCCAGAAGGCAGUGUAUUUUGCCGAGGAGAAGAUCGUCCUUGGUCGACCUUAUCACAAGAUGUGCAUCAAGUGUGCUAACUGCAACAAGUUGUUGGACAGCAGCACUUUCACUGAACAUGAUGAAGAGAUGUACUGCAAGAGCUGCUAUGGCCGCCUCUUUGGACCCAAGGGUUACGGCUAUGGAGUCGGGGCUGGUGUACUUUCUAUGGAUGAUGGAAGCAAAUAUCAGAAUGGCCCUCCAAGAUCCAACAUUCCAGCCACCAUGGAGGCUUACAUAGCUCCCUUGAAGGAACCUGCUCCAACAACCAAGCCGGUUCGGCCCAAGUGGGGUGGAGCAGACUACUGUGUCAGAUGUUCAAAGCAAGUGUUUAUGGCAGAGCGUAAGAUGGCUGCUGGGGGAGCCUGGCACAAGGCUUGCUUCAACUGUCGUGAAUGUCACAAGUGUCUUGAUUCCAACUCUGUUCGGGAGCGAGAGCAGGACAUCUACUGCAAUCCCUGCUAUGGAAAGAACUUUGGACCCAAAGGAUACUGGGGAUGGUCCUCUGCAAAAGUUUCAUAAGUCAAACUUUACAUCCCUUCCCAUCCAAGUUGUCAUUUACCUGUCAUAAGCAUAGUGUUAAGUAUUAUGACAAGUUCUGUAACUUGUGCAUGUGUUUCUUGACGUUCAAAGCUGAAGUAUAUAACAAAUGCACAUAAAACAGGACAAAUAAAUUUUUGAUGAGGUACAUACAUAAGGAUGAAAAUCACUGUAUGCUGAUGUUCUUUUUAGUGGUUUUGGGAAUGAGGAGAUUCAGUAUUUGACAAGAUUGGGUCUAAAUGGUAAUGUAUCUUUGUGUACUUACAUAUAAAACUUCAGAGUAAGAAACUUCUACUAUGUGGAUCAUUCAUGUUCUUAUUGGAUAUAUGAAUGUGAUAUUGCAUAACUUAUGUGUUGAUAAGUUAUUGUCAAAUUCUGUUAGUAUGUCUUAUUAAAAUGUCUAUUUUACAGAUAAAAACAUUAAAUGAAUGUUUAUUUCAUGGUACCUGCUUUUUCCAAUGUUUAAAGAGGAAUUAUUUACCAGUUGAUUUUUAGUAAAUAUAUUAAUUUUAUGAAGUAGAGAAAUAAGGGCACAAGUUGUCAUGAAAACUGUUAUUCUAGGUUGACAUGUAAAAGUUAGAUUUACAAAAAUAUCAACUUUGUUUUGACGUGUAAAACUUAGGAUAGGAACAAGCCUUGUAUAUCCUGUCAUAACAUUCCACUGUAGCUACUAUGUCUGUUAUUCCUUUGUUUGUGUAACUCUCUACUGUCUAUGGUAAUGGUCAGUUUCUUAGUUCUAUUAAGUGAAGUAAGCAUAUUGUAAGUAGUCAACAAAUACUAAAAGGAAGCUUGAUUUACUAGCAAGUAUGACCCAAAAUCCUUGUAAUUGGCAAACAAUCCAACAUCAAAAAAUAAUUUGCAUGUAGCAAAAUGGCCAGCCUUGAAAAGCUUCCACUAUUUUGUCCACAUUCUUUGGAUAUCAAAUUGUUACAAAAUCAAAAUGGCCAGCCUUGAGAAGCUUUCACUAUAUUUUGUUCACAUUCUUUGGAAAUAAAAUUGUUACAAAUCCUUUGCUAUGGUGUGUAAAUUUUGUUGUGCUUCUUUGCCACAGAAAUGUUUACUUACAGCACUGAACAGAGUCUACAUUGGAGGGUAUCCAAUACUACAUUGUCAUGAAGCACAAUCAGUUUUAUUCUAUUUUCAUGGUGCAUAUUAGUCUAAAAUAAAAUAUAAAUUAUUAAAUUCA